AUACCGAUAUGAAAGUAAGCGAUAAAGGCACCGCUAACAAGGAACACUCAGCGCGCUUUGUGUACUCAGAGGAGGAGCGAGAGCUCCUGCGGUCACUAGUGCAAAAGUACGCGCGCGUGAUUGAGAAUCGUCGAACAAACAGCACUUCUGUGGAAGCAAAAAACAUUGCAUGGAGAAACCUGUGCGCCGACUACAACUCCCAACCGCACAUCAGGCCACGAGAAGAGAAGCAGCUCCGCAAACUCUGGGACAACCUUAAGAAUCGGUGGAAAAAAAAGGACUCUCAAGAAAAGAGGGACAUCCAUGCGACAGGUGGGGGACCCCGUACAUGCAGCCCCAUGAGCCCAUCGCUCGCACUUGUGGGAGCAGUCGCAUCACAUAUGACGACACGACUUCCCAACCCUUUCGACAGUGACGGAGAACACAGAAACCAGCCUGUGUUAACACUGCCACCUGUUGCCAUAUUUGAGUCUAUGGUAAACCAGCGCCAGGACAACAGCGCAGCAUCACUUGGCACACCACCAUGCGACAGGCCCUUGUCAUCGGUUCCUUCAUUAGCGUCUUCUGCGAGGCCUGCCUCGCCUACAGUCUCUGUGGAACCAGCAGCUUCUGGUGGUGUUACUGCAGAACCAUAUGAACUGGAGGAAGAACCAAUGGUGCCUCCAGCUGCGUCUGUGACUAAACGAGCAAGCCGGUCUGGCUCCCGCAUGUCUGCGGUUGAGCGUAUGCUGGCUCCAGAGUCGGAGGCCCGGAUCGUUUUACUCCAAAACGACGAAGACAGAAAGCAAGAAAAGCACAAAUUGGAAAUGCGACUGCUUCGUGGUCAGAGAAUGGAGCAGAUCCGACAACGCCGAUAUCAAGAGAAAAAAAAACAAGCUUGAUCUGGAAUUGCUUCAGCUUGAAAAAGCCAUAAAGGAGCGGCAGCUAUCCACAUUAAGAUCCCAGAACCAUUUCAUUGAGGGAGUGUACGA